UUACACAGUGCAGCUGGGAACUGAACAGCAGUAAAGCGGCGAUGAAUGAGACAGUCCGAGAGGUCGGAGGGCCCUGCUGGCGGGCUUACUCUCUGCAGGGGUGUGAUACACGAGAAGUGCUGCAUACUGCGUAUUACCGUAGCUCCCUGGGGUUAUUAGGUGCUGCGAUGCUGCUUGUGAGAUGUGUUAUGUGUAAUGAUUGUAUCGUUAUUGGGGAAUUUACGUACGCCUCGGGCGUUCUGCGGUAGCAUGACCCUAGGGGAAAAGCAAUCUAUGCUGACACAGUAACAAUAGCCACGUGCUCAGUUUAUGUGAGCAAUUGUGGAGCCACAAUUCCAGCAUAUCUGUUUGGAGAGGGGGCUACGGUUUUUGUUUUUAAUUUGUCAUUCUAGAAUUUUAUAAUAUUAUGUGUUUCAUGUUCACGUCCCCGCCGUCCAUUGUUGUAUUUAAUUAUCCAGUUUUGUAUACUAUUUAUAAGAAAGAGACACAGAGAGAAUAGACCAGCUGAAGUGUACUGCGCAUUUUGUUCUUUGAUGGCGCAAAUGCACCUGACCCUUCGCAGAGCGGUAGAGGUGGAGCGCUGUGGUAGGGGUAUCCUCAGAUGAGAUGGCGAUUCUGCUGGCACCAGCUGCUGAAUCCUCCGGCUGGAUGGCAAUCAAUUUUGCCAUGUGGCCAAUGGGUUUCCAACCACGUAGUGUUUGCUCUCUGUCCUUCAUCUCUACGGAAUAUGCUGGCGCUAUAUAAAUGAUUCCUAAUAAUAAUAUUAAUAUUUAGGAUUAAGCGAUAGAAGUGAAUUAUGCGUCCGACUAAGAGGAAGCGCGUCGCCUCACCGGCUGAGGAUUCAAAGGAACAAUCUGACAAAGUGGGUGAUAUGGGAACUGAAGACGGGGGGAAGAGAGGCGCAAGGGGCAGGAAGAAGACAUCUGUCGGCCACAGCUCAGAGAAGCAAGAGGAGGACUAUCUCUGCUGGCUGCUGAAAUCGGAGCCCGAGUCCAGGAUGGAGAAAGGGAUGGAUAUGAAGUUUGGAAUAGAGGAUCUGAAGGCCCAGCCCGAGCAGACGGCAUGCUGGGAUGGAGUGCGAAAUUACCAGGCCCGAAAUUUCAUGAGAGCGAUGAAGAAUGGGCAGGAAGCCUUUUUCUAUCACAGUAACUGUAAGGAGCCCGGCAUUGCUGGGAUUAUUAAGAUUGUGAAGGAAGCCUACACGGACCACACUCAGUUUGAUCGGAAGAAUCCCCACUAUGAUGCAUCCAGCAGCCAGGAAAGCCCUAAGUGGUCUAUGGUGGAUGUGCAGUUUGUCCGGAUGCUGAAACGUUACAUUUCCCUGGCGGAGCUGAAGAAGCUGCAUCAGAAGCACAAGGCCUCAGCGGGCCCCCUGAGAAACAUGGCGCUGUUCACCAGGGCGCGACUGUCCGUGCAGCCACUCACACAAGGGGAAUUUGAUUUUAUAUUGAGUCUGGAAGAUGAGGAGAGCACCUAGAGCGUGAUAUCUGUGGCGUUUACACACACAGCUAGGUGGUGCCGCCGUCUGCCCGCGCGACUCGUCACCUCCUGUUUGCAACAUAACGAGACUGUCUGAUGUGUUUUAUCUGUCUGUCGUUUCUAUCUCCUGGGUGUCACAGCCAGGCACGCAACGUCCACAAGUGAAACAUUAAAGUCUAAAUGUAAUGUAGUUAAUCACGCCUAGAAAAUAAAAAAAAGCUGUUUCUGUC